CAUUAUUAAAUUAAUUAUUUACUUUAUUAUAAAAAAAAUUUGUUUGAAAACGAAACCAUUAAGAAACUAUUAACCAUUUCUUCAAAGUUUGGUUUGGUCUAUGUUUGCGCAGGCGUUCUGCAUCACCUUCAACAUAACCAUGGUUGUUCCAUUUAUGAAACUUUCUCAACUUUGAUAUUUUCCCACAACGAGAAAUAACAAAAGAACGAAGACGAAGAAAGAAGAAACAUUUUGUUCUUAUUGGAUUAUCAUGUCAGACGAUGAAACUGAUCCCUGGCGUUUUGGGUUAUUCAUAUUCUUGAUUUUAGUCGCAGUUACAGUUGUUGCAGGAGAUUCUCUGGAAACAGACAGAGAGGUUUUAUGGAGGCUGAAGCUAUUUCUUGAAGGGAACAACCGUGUAAACAAAGGACAUUAUUCACAAUGGAGUCAAAAUUCAAGCCCCUGUGAAUGGCCUGGAGUUUCGUGCUCUUCCGAUAAAGCCAGAGUCACCGGCCUUAAUCUUUCUGAAAGUAACAUUUCCGGUGCAGUGUUCAACAAUUUCUCUGCCUUGACACAGCUCACUUAUCUUGAUCUCUCGAAGAACACUUUUGAAGGGCAUCUCCCCAAUGAUUUGAGCCGCUGCCAUAACCUCAAGUACCUCAAUCUCUCGCAUAACAUUCUUGAGGGGGAGCUGAACUUGAAUGGGUUGAGUAAUUUAGAGGUUCUGGACUUGACUUUGAACAGGAUUGCCGGGGAACUUCAGUUUAGUUUCCCUUCAAUUUGUAACAAGUUAGUGGUGGCUAAUCUUUCAGAUAAUAAUCUUACAGGAAGUAUAUAUAAUUGCUUUGAUGGAUGUGGAAAUUUGCGGCAUCUGGACCUAAGUGCUAAUUAUUUUAGAGGGAACAUAUGGAGUGGAUUGGCACAGCUGGUGGAGUUUUCAGUUUCUCAGAACUACCUUAGUGGGUCUGUUUUGGGUUCCAUUUUUACAGAGAAUUGCAGUCUUGAAAUUUUGGACUUUUCUGAAAAUGCUUUCACUGGUCAUUUUCCUGGAAAUGUUUCCAAUUGCAAGAAUUUGGUUAUCUUGAAUUUAUGGGGAAACAAGUUUUCCGGGCCUAUUCCAGCUAUGAUUGGUUCAAUUUCGGGUCUCGAGGCCUUGUUCUUGGGGAACAACAGUUUUGAUAGUGUGAUUCCGGAGUCCCUUUUGAACUUGAGUAAGUUGGACUUUCUGGAUUUGAGCAGAAACAAAUUUGCAGGCGACAUACAACCGAUUUUUGGACGAUUCACGCAGUUGAAAUAUCUUGUAUUGCAUGGAAAUUUCUACACUGGCGGGAUAUAUUCUUCAGGUAUUCUUAAGCUGCCUAGCGUUUCUAGAUUAGACCUGAGCUUCAACAACUUCACCGGUCCCUUACCGGUUGAAAUCUCUCAAAUACAGAGCUUGAAGUUCUUGAUUCUAUCCCAUAAUAAUUUCAGUGGUAAUAUUCCACCAGAAUAUGGAAACUUGCCUGCUAUUCAAGCUCUUGAUCUCUCCUUCAACCAAUUAACUGGAUCAAUACCACCCUCCAUUGGGAACUUGACAUCUCUCUUGUGGCUAAUGCUUGCAAACAAUUCACUUUCGGGUGAGAUUCCUCACGAGAUUGGGAAUUGCUCUAGCUUGUUGUGGUUGAAUCUUGCAAACAACCAGUUGUCUGGGCACAUCCCAACUGAAUUGACUAAUAUUGGGAGAGAUCCCUCUUCAACAUUUGAAUUAAACCGACAACAAAAUGAGCGGAUAAUUGCUGGCUCUGGCGAGUGCUUGACAAUGAAGAGGUGGAUUCCUGCUGACUACCCACCAUUCAGUUUUGUGUACACAAUCCUCACAAGAAAGAAUUGCAGAAACAUAUGGGAUAGAUUACUCAAAGGCAAUGGCAUUUUCUCAGUUUGUGUCGGGGUUUCAAACGUACGCACUUUUCAAAUCACAGGCUAUCUUCAACUUAGUGGGAAUCAACUUUCAGGUGAGGUGCCUACUGAUAUUGGUAAGAUGCAGAAUUUCAGCAUGUUGCAUUUGGGUUUAAAUCAGUUCUACGGGAAGCUGCCUCCACAGAUUGAUAAGUUGCCACUAGUAGUUCUAAACUUAACUCAAAACAAUUUUUCGGGUACAAUUCCUUCAGAGAUUGGGAACAUUAAAUGCUUACAGAAUCUUGAUUUAUCUUUUAACAAUUUCUCUGGCACAUUUCCUGCUAGCUUUAAUGAAUUGUUUGAUCUGAGCAAGUUCAACAUCUCCUACAAUCCACUUAUUUCUGGCGCAAUUCCAUCAACUGGCCAGUUAGCAACGUUUGAGAGAUCGUCCUACCUAGGAGAUCCACUCUUGCGCCUUCCAGCUUUUAUUGCAAAUUCCCCUGCUCAGCCUCCAAAGCAUGCCGAAUCCAAUGGAGGGACAAGGAAGACUAAAUUGGCGGUUAUUCUGGCUUUUCUAUCUCUAAUACUAGUGGCAUUGAUAUGUGGAAUUUUGUCACUUGUGAUCUGCAUAUCAGUGAAAAGUCCAGAGGAGAAACCGGGAUAUCUCUUGGAGAAUAUAAAAUAUCGACAUGAUCUUGCAUCAAGCUCAGGAGGGUCAUCGCCAUGGCUGUCAGAUACUAUUAAGGUCAUUCGCUUAGACAAAACAGCAUUUACACAUGCUGACAUUUUAAAUGCUACAGGCAGAUUUUCAGAAAACAGAAUAAUUGGAAAGGGUGGAUUUGGUACAGUGUAUCGAGGAGAAUUGCCUGAUGGGAGAGCAGUGGCAGUAAAGAAGCUACAAAGAGAAGGAAUUGAGGGUGAAAAGGAAUUCCGGGCUGAAAUGGAGGUUCUCAGUGGGAAUGGCUUUGGUUGGCCUCACCCAAAUCUUGUUACACUCUAUGGAUGGUGCCUUGAUGGAUCAGAUAAAAUAUUGGUGUAUGAAUACAUGGAAGGUGGAAGCUUAGAGGAUCUUAUAUCAGAUAGAACAAGAUUAACUUGGCGAAGACGUCUAGACAUAGCGAUUGACGUGGCACGUGCAUUGGUAUUCCUACACCACGAGUGCUAUCCUUCUAUUGUGCAUCGCGAUGUCAAAGCAAGCAAUGUCCUACUAGACAAAGAUGGUAAGGCACGGGUUACAGAUUUUGGCCUUGCUAGAGUUGUUGAUGCUGGGGAUAGCCAUGUGAGCACAGUGGUGGCUGGAACAAUUGGUUAUGUAGCCCCAGAGUAUGGACAGACUUGGAAAGCCACAACAAAAGGCGACGUGUACAGUUAUGGAGUUUUGGCAAUGGAGCUAGCGACUGGGAGGAGGGCUGUCGAUGGAGGGGAAGAGUGCCUAGUGGAAUGGGCUAGACGCGUUAUGGGAAAUGGGCGAUAUGGAUUGGGUAGAACUGUUUUACCAGUUGUGCUUCUGGGGUCUGGGCUAGCGGAGGGCGCAGAGGAGAUGUCGGAGUUGCUUAAAAUUGGGGUAAAUUGCACCUCAGAGGCACCACAGGCUAGACCAAACAUGAAGGAGGUGCUAGCAAUGUUGAUUAAACUCCUGCCUCUAUAUGGCUGAGGUUUUGGAACCAGUAUCAAUCUCAGAAUUUGUCAAUAAUUCUAGGGCCUUUAUAUAGCUGUACACAUAUGCAUUUGUAAUAGGCAUAAAUUUUGUUGUUCUUA